GAUCCAUAACAGCAGACACGUCCCCAAAGCAAUCCCUCACGGCCGGUCCUGACAGGCAAACGUGCGGGUUUGUGCCCUGUAGGGCCCUCGAGAGAUGAGGUCCUCAGGAAACAGACCCGCCCGCUGCUGUGUCCGAGCAUCGGCCGCAUGAUGAGCGCGGCAGGACACUUGAAAGCAUUCCAGCGCAUCAGCGCGACCGACAAACACUGCCCCCAAUGGUUCUUCCCCGAGCUGUUCCUUCCUCCGGGAUGGCACAGGUAGGAAGGUCAGGGGUUGCGUGGCUCAGGGACGCUUGGUAAGUUGCAAGUGACUGCGUGUGUUUGCUUCAUUCAGCACGGCCAAGAUCUGGUGGGUUUGGGUGUCCCUGAUACGCCCAGCGACAAUACCGAUAGAGAGGGUCAUCCACAAGUCGUAAGCCAAAGUGCCGGUACGUGAACGUCGAAGGCUUACUUCCUGUCUGCUUGCUGCUUCAUUCAGGCCACAGGACAACGCGGGUCAUCACGAGACCGGACAGAGUCGCUUCCGCCAUCGGUGCCCACAAUAAGGGCAACAAAACCACGGUCCUCACAGGUAGUCCGAAUCGGGACGACGUUGCUGCACCAUCCAGCCUUGUAUUUGUGUCUGUUUCAGGUAACCGCUGAGAAGGCAGGUGAGAAGGCAGGUGAGGUGACGAUUGGCGAGCGGCUGCGGCUGGUGGACGAAUUUAUGCGACUCAAGCAGGACGGCUGUGAUAUCUCGAUGCCUCAGUUCGCGACAAUGAGAAAAAUCGAUCUGAGUCAAUUCAGGAGCUGGUACUACGCCAUCAAGAAGCAGCGAGAGGCGGGCAAGCUGGUGACUGACCUGACCAGGAAGCGCAACAGGCAGCCCAAGUAUCUCGAGAUCGAUAACGAGAUGCUACAGUGGAUGGCCAAGCAAGAGGACCCCGCGACCGUUCCUCCAGCGGACAUCAGGGCCGAAUCGCUUGAAGUCGCCAAGCGUCUGGGCAUAGAGGUUGGCGGCAAUGGCUUCUCGGCAAGCGACUCAUGGAUCAAGGGCUUUCAGAAACGAUGCCAGCAGGUGGGACGGACAACGGACACAGCAACCUCACCUUGCAUGGGUUCAUUGCUGCCUUUGUGCUUCAUCCAGUCUUUCGGGCUCAAUGGACAGACCGCAGCUGCAGCAGCCGCCGCCCAGGCUGACAAAUGCACCGGCGAAAGGACGGUAAGGAAUAGCCGUGAAUCUCGUCAAUGUGUCUCUGCGGCGACGAACAUAUCCGUUGUGCAGUCGAAAGAUGAGGAGGACACGGAAGAUUCAACCCAUGGCAAUCCUCUGCCCGAGGUAGCUGAAGAGACUAACCAACCCCACUCGUCGAUUUUGCUCUUGUAUCUGAGUGCAUGUUUAUGUUGUAUGCAGGGAUGUGGUCCAUGUCCUUUAUCUGCGGCCCCCUUCCCAGCGUGCGGCCCCCCACCGCUCAUUGCUGGCUCAUCGGCGCCGGCGAGUGCAACAGAGCAGCAGAUUCAUUCGCCCCACCGCCAUCUGCCAGCGGACCCGCAAUCGACGCUGCUGACCCCGUCACUCGGCUCACAACAAUCAGAUCCGCUGGAGGGGGCAGUCGUGCAGCAGGCAUCAGCAUCAGCAUCAGCACCAGCGACAGCGGCAGGAGUGCGCUCAGAUCUUAAUGGUCUGAGCGAACAGGUACACAGCACCGCCAGCAAACAGCGACAGUCUGAAGCAAAGAAGGAUAUGACCCGCUGUGCCUCUUGCAUCCAUAUAUUUGCCUGUCCCGCAGGACCAGGUGCGUGACGAGAAGAGAUCACAUGUCGCUGCAGCCGCGGCAGCUGCCCACAGUGCCAACUGCGAUGAGAAUCCUCCCCCAAACACGCAGACGCCCACCCCCUCCACGCGAGAAGGAGGUCGGCUGUCGGAUUCGAUCGCACACGUGGCAGGCAAUGGCGUUGUAGUGACGGGUACCCCCGUGCCGUCUCCUCCUGUCCAGGUGAGAUGUGUGUGCACGGGUAUUGUAGCGGCCGACUGGAUACUAUAUUCUUUUGCGCAUGUAGGUUCGUGAGGGAAAUGGCGCCGCUGGGCUUGCACGUGAAAGGCCCCCCCAGACAGGUAAUCGGAUGUACGAAUCGGCCUCCGAUCCUUUACUCAUCGCGUCUGUGCGCUUUCUGCCACCACUGCACACUCUGACGGGAUUCCAGUCUCCCCUAACGAGCAGACGCACGAUAUCGAUCGGUCCAAUGAGCCUGACAAGCGGCGUGCGUCGUCGACCAGCAGAGAGGUACGCACAUGCAAGGCCAUCAACAGGCGAUUCCACUGAUGAGGGUCUUCGUCUGCUCGUCAGCCGGCCGCUAGCGCUGCGUACACCCGAGAUGUGCAGAUGGGCGGAGAAGACGGUGCAGGCAGGCAAUCGCAGUGCUCAGAAGGCAACAAUAUGGACGUAAGAUGAUGGACAGAACGACUCUUUAGGGGACGAGAAGCCCAGUGCUGCUGUCAUUUGUUCAUUCAGGUAGAGAAACACGGACCUGAUCGAGAGGAGAAGCGCGGCGCUCUUGUGCGUCCCAAACGGCCUCCACCGUCGUCCAGAAGCGGCUCAAGCAGCAAAGGAGCAAGCACAAACAUUGACGUAAGUGGCUGAGGAAGCAGAAGUGUUGACCCACAUUCUGAUGUUUCCUUUCCGCUUCAGCCGCGCCCUUCUCAAGUGGAUGCGGACACCGGCCGUCGCCAGCAGCCACCGAAGAAGAAACUGGACACUGGCAAUCAACUCGCAAGUGCCCCAUCGGUCAGAGAGAAGUAAACACCUUACCUGCGUGUGUCAUAUCGUCGCCAUUUCUUGUCGUGCCGAUGGGAUCGCAGAACUCGAAUUACGACUCGAGGAGACAGCCGACACCGACUGGUUUCACCCUGGUAGAACUCAGAAUGGCCUGUCACAGAGCGAGUGCCCGAUACUUCUUCUCCUUUUGCCUGUAUGUUACAGGUGGCUCAGGGUCUUCGUCAGACUGGUCAAGGUCUUCUGAAGGUGGCCCAUGAUCUUCUUCACUUAGAGUUGCGACGUGUGCCCGGCAGCCAGACGGCGAUCAACGUGGCGGUCCUGCUGGUUGCCGUUCUGCUGCUUGGAUGUGGCUUUACCGGAGCAGUACUAGUCGGCCUCGCAAUCGUGCUGACUCUGUCAAUCCCCUAUUCCGUACACACACAGGUAUUCAUUGAGGCCAGCGAGCGAGUCAUCUUUGCAUCUCGGUGGGUGCUGGUGUUGUAAUGCAGCGAGAGGGAACAGCCCCUCAGGUGACGGACCAACAGCUUGGCCCCUUGACUGUCGCUGACGAUCACUCUUUCAUGACAGGGGUCAACUCAGUAAGGGAGAAGAAGACCUGGAAGGCUUAACGCUUUGUCUGCGUGUCUCGUGCAGGGAGAAGCAAGGCCUUCUCCGCCAGUGGACCAACAGUCCGGCCCCUCAUCUGUCAUGGCUGAAUCUGUCUCGUGCCGUCUGGAUGAAGAUCAUGGGACCAAUUGUCCUGACGGUACGGCGCCUGAGACUGUGUUGGCCCCACCGAAUAGCAGCGCGACAAAUGAGAGCGACACGCAGCAGCAGACACGCGUAUGUGAGACUUCCCUGCACACAGUGGAGCACUCAUGGCUUUCUGUGUCUUGCUUUGUCCUCCGCAGAAGGCAGAUGUCUACGAGCUGCGCAGACAAGUACACAGCAAGCGAAAAAACGCAGGAUAGGGAGAUAUACAAUAGAUGAGCAGUCAAUGUCUCUCGUUUCUCUCAGAGCCCGGCAUUGCCCCCCGCUCGCGUGUCAGGCAGUGAUGGGGUCGUGUUGGAGCUGUUUGGUGUGUCGAGUCUGCUGGUUUCACUAAAGGGUCUCUCAAGCACAGUGCCUCUAACAGAGCAAGUGGUAGGCUGCAAUCCUGAUGGUGCUUUGACAUUGUAUCUUCUUGGUUUCCUCGGCGCAGGUUGUCCAAGCGAUUGACCAUCAGCUUCCUUUCAUCGCUAGUGCCAUUUACAAGAACCGAGAGGCAAUCGAUCAGAGGGAGGAGGAGAUCUUCGGUCAAUUGGGGGAGAGCAUGAAGGAGCUGCUCAACAGGCUGAAACCGCACGUCGCCGAGCUGGACCAGGACGUCAAGAAUGCCCUUAAUCGACUGGCCAAGAAGAUAAAUGGCGGCGCUGCAGCAGCAUCUUUUGCUCUUAGCGAGUCCGUACGUGGCUUCUUCCACUCGUUCAUGCUGAUUCCAUCCGAGAAGUGGGACCCUCUCUUGCAGACUGUGGCGGCGUGGACUGUCGAGCUCUUCACAAGGUACAUGACAGAAUGGAGGCGGCGUGAGUGCGUUGACAUGAGGUGUCCAUGUAGGUGUCCGACAUCGUGCGAGCUGCCCAUCACUGCAGGUGCGCUUGGUUGAAGAGAAAGAAGUAUGUUGCAAGUGGGUGUAUUCGUGUCUAUGGUUGUGUGCUCAGACAUGUACCCGCCUUCGCACCAGGACGGCUGUCAGUCUGCAUUACUGCUGCUCAGUCGCGGCGACCGAGUGUCGGUGACGGACACCGACAGCCGCAGCACCAAGGGCUGGAUGUACGGCACAUGCAUCAAGGGCGCUAAGACCGGACACACCGGAUGGUUCCCAUGCACCAUUGUCACGUUCGACCAUCACAACAACGACGAGGAGAAGCAGCGCAAGCAGUACCACAGCAGUUGCAGCAGUCUCGCUGCGUGUCGUUCUCACCACAAUCAGGUGAGAACGCUACGGAAGCAUACGACACGGAUGCGUCGUAUGUGUAUGCACACAGAUUGAUUUCGCUGAUAUGGAGAGGCGGAUACGUGUCGAAAAAUCAAUCGGCCCGAUCGCAUCGCUGGGACUCGAGACAUCUUCUCUUCGAAUGUUCAAUGAGGUGACGACAAUAAGACAGACAACAGAAGGACAUGAUGAUAUAUCACAUUCCGUUUUCCCUUUUUAUACCUAUCCACCAGAUGGAUGACGUGUACGUGGAUUUCAACGGGAGGACGGGCCUGGUCAAGAUCAUCACGACCGUGGAGCAGCUCGUCAGGGUCGAGAAGAACCUUUUGGACAACGAACGGUGGCUCAAGGAGACAGCAGACCGUGAGACGCAUCACCAUUCAUAUGCUCCUGGCACUCGAGUCAUCAUUGGCUCUGGAGGUUAUGUGAAGCGCGUGUUGCUACCAGACCAGUUCAACGAGCUGAAGGUCUCACUUACGCGGCAGACCAACACGGACCAUCUCACCGCGCUGCGCCAGGAAGUGAAAAUGUGCCUUAUCCAGCAGGCGGUGACAGAGUUCAGCCUCCAAGUGCGUCAGUCGUGCCUUCUCGUCUCAUUCGACACUAGUGCCGCCCUCGGCGUGCAUGCGAACCAUUUGCGUGCCUUUCUACAGCAGAAGAGCCUCAGCGGCCAUGUAGAGGUUGUCGUGCCACAUGGGGCUGAGGCGACAGGCCCCGGGGCUGGAGGGAUGGGUGUGCAGGAUACGCCCUUAGUGCAGGUACAAACACGAACACGACACGAACACACACAUCUACGCGCAGCCAAUGAUUUAUCCAUAUGUCUGUGUCUCAGGGCGAUCCAACUCUUGAAGAUAUGACGAACACACGGACGUAUCAUUUCAGACCGGCAUCCGUGCCUUUGCCGGAGUGCCCAAUUUGUCUGUGUGAGGUCGAAGAGGAGGAGGUGGGGCUGCGCCUCUUCUGUGGACACACAUAUCACCAGGAAUGCCUUGCCAACCAGGUGAAUGGAUCCAUCUUAUCCAUUCUCCGAGCGGCCUGCAGGCAAUGCCUGUCUGUCUGUCUGUCUGUGUUUGUUUCUUAGAUACACCAUGUCAAGGAGGGCCACGUGCCGGUCGUGUGCCACCAGCACGGCUGCGGCAGCCCCGUCAGCCUGCCAGAGAUCCGCCGAGCGCUCAAAGGCGACAGAGAGCUGAUGGAGAGCUUCUUCAAGGCCGCGUCGCAGCACUACAUCAACGCCAACAGUAGGACACGCUUCGGCGUGUGCCUGACGGCUGAUUGUCCGCAGAUCUACAGCCUUGAGGACAGGGAUGUCAAGCCCAUAUUCCGAUGCAAUGUCUGCAAGGGCGUCCUCUGCAAGACAUGCUGCAGAUCCCAUGACGAGACGUAUGCAAACCAGCCACAUACUCACAACUCCAACACGCUCUCUCUCUCUCUCUCUGUGUGUGUGUGUGUGUGUGCGUCCCUGUUCAGAUUGACGUGCGAGGAGUUCAACACGGUCGAUCCCACAAGUGUGCUGCUGAAGUACCUUGCAAGCCUGCCGGGUGGCGGCCUCCUGUGCCCUAAGUGCGGUGUAGGCAUCGAGCGGUCGGGGGGAUGCAAAUUCGUCAGGUCUGUAUUUGACAAACAGGGAGGGGCCGGCAAGGGGCAGGCGGGGCAAGUGUGUGUGUGCGUGUGUCUUUGUGUGCAGAUGCCGCUGUGGCACGGAUUUGUGCAUUCUGUGCGGCUAUGUCUGCCGAACGACGCAUGAGGAGCAUUCGUGCAUAGAUGCUGGAUUUUCCUUCUUGCCGGAGCCGACCGUAAGCAUUUGAGGAUAACAAUUGAGCACAUGUGGCGAUCCGGCCGCAAUAUAUCUGUAUCUCAUUCGCUGUCUCUAUCUUUACCUGUAUAUGCGUGUGUGUGUGUGUGUGUGUGUCGGUGUGUGUCUCGUCAGUGCGGCGACCGAGCAGGCCACCUACAACAAGGCCCACAACCGCGGCUGCAUGAUCGAGGCGAGAGUGUACCUGGGAAAGAUCAAGCAGAUCACCAAGGCCCAGAUCGCCCAGCACACCCUCCAGAGCCUGCAGCAGGAAGGCUACGACUCGAUAUACGUGACGGCCAUGUCCCGGGGGACGGGUACGUCGUAUUUAGACGGCAACAGGUCAGGUUAUGGAAGUUGUGGGACAUGGCCACGAGGGCUGAAGUACUCUCCCAGCCCUGAGAGGGCAGGGCGGGAGAGUGGGGUUGGCUUCUCCUCUGUGUGUGUGUGUGUGUGUUUUUGUGUUUGUG